AUGCUGGAAAAGCUUUCUGGUGAAGUGAUUGGCUUGAUCCUGUCGUUCGUCGGAUCAUUGUAUGAAUUUAAAAACCUCUCGUUGUUGAACAGGGAAUUUUAUCAUCAACACUUUGAAGAUGAAAAUUCUGUUGUGAUAUUAGAAUUGUUAUUGUUUAUUCUUGGAAAGGAAAUUCCUGUCAUGCGUCAACAUGAUCACUUUAAGAGUGUUUGGAAGGAAUUGGAAGCAUUUAAAGAAUAUGUAAAAGAACAUGAUGUUAUAAAAAGAAAGCGACAGAUUCAGGAACUCGAACAUGAGACGACCUAUCUCGACUGCUUAAAAGUGAUUGCCUAUGAGAAUUGUAAUUGGAUCAACCAUUUAGACAACAAAUCACUUCCAGAAGUACUCACAUUUCAAUACGACGCGCAUGAAAAAGAGAGAGCAAUAACAAUGCGUUUUGAGGGAACUAACAUUCAUGAGCAGUUUCUUGAAAAUAUGGGACUUACUUGUGAAAUGUGGGUAUCUUUCGCUCAACACUCGUUUUUUCCAGUGCUAUGUACGAUUAGUGAUGUCAAUUGGACAAAUGGUUUUGGCUUAUUUGAAUAUACCAAUCACAGUUCUACAACUCCUGACACCAUCAAUUGGUUUAUUCGUGAUUGGUAUCGUGAGGACAAAUAUUUUGUGACAAGCCCAAUUCCAUCCACCCAUCAAUGGGUACAUUAUGCAGGAACUUUUGAUUUAACCACUUGCGUUGCUUCCUUGUAUGUCAAUGGAAAACUGGAAUCUCAAAAGACUAUCACUGACCACCAAUUGCAACUACAUCCUGGGAUGCAAAUGGUUGUUGGAUACUCUGAUUAUUGCAACGACAUUAACUAUCAUAUCCGAGGAGAGUAUACUGAUAUUCGAUUAUGGAAUGUCUGCAGAACUCAGGAUCAAAUUAAAGAGACUAUGAACAGAAGAAUUUUCAAAUAUAAUUUAGAAAGAAAGAAAAGCCUAGAGAAUUUGAUUUUUAAUUACUAUCCAGACAAAAUAUUGGACACUCCAACACGUAUCAAGAAUAAGACACCCAAUACAAAGUAUAAAGAUUAUGACGCUGAAAGGGGAAAGAGUGUUGUGGUUCGUUCAACCCUUUGUCGCAAACAUUGA